AUGCGCAGAGCCAGUGUGAGUCUCCACAACCCUGCUUAUGCCCCAGGUCAGUGUGCCUCAGUCAGCCAGAGUGCCGUGCCUUGGAGGAGGCGUGCUCAUGCCCUCUGCAGUGACCCUCUUCUGCCCCCUGCAGGCUACAUCCAGCGGCGGCUGAUCAAAUCCAUGGAGUCUGUGAUGGUGAAGUACGACGCGACUGUGCGCAACUCCAUCAACCAGGUGGUGCAGCUGCGCUACGGGGAGGACGGGCUGGCGGGAGAGUCCGUCGAGUUCCAGAACCUGGCCACCCUCAAGCCCUCGCACAAGGCCUUCGAGAAGAAGUUCAAGUUCGACUACACCAACGACCGUGCUCUGCGGCGCAUCCUGCAGGAGGAGGUGGUGAAGGACGUGAUGACCAACGCCCUCGUGCAGGGCACCCUUGAGAAGGAGUUUGAGCAGAUGAAGGAGGACAGAGACAUCCUGAGAGCCAUCUUCCCAACGGGGGACAGCAAGGUGGUGCUGCCGUGCAACAUCGCCAGGAUGAUCUGGAAUGCCCAGAAGAUCUUCCGCAUCAACACCAGAACCCCGACCGACCUGAACCCGCUCAGAGUGGUGGAAGGUGUGAAGGAGCUCAGUAAGAAGCUGGUGAUCGUGAACGGGGAUGACCCCCUGAGCAGACAGGCUCAGCAGAACGCCACACUGCUCUUCAACAUCCACCUGCGUUCCACGCUGUGCAGCCGCCGCAUGACUGAGGAAUUCCGGCUCAGCACGGAGGCCUACGACUGGCUCCUGGGCGAGAUCGAGACCAAGUUCAACCAGUCUAUCGUGAGCCACCCCGGUGAGAUGGUGGGCGCUCUGGCCGCUCAGUCUCUCGGAGAGCCCGCCACUCAGAUGACUCUGAACACCUUCCACUACGCCGGCGUGUCGGCCAAGAACGUGACCCUGGGUGUGCCGCGUCUCAAGGAGCUGAUCAACAUCUCCAAGCGGCCCAAGACCCCCUCGCUGACCGUCUUCCUGCUGGGGCAGGCAGCGCGAGACGCUGAGAGGGCCAAGGAUAUCUUGUGCCGGCUGGAGCACACGACCCUGAGGAAGGUGACAGCAAACACGGCCAUCUACUACGACCCGAACCCCCAGAACACGGUGGUGACGGAGGACCAGGAGUGGGUGAAUGUGUAUUACGAGAUGCCGGACUUCGACGUGACCCGCAUCUCCCCCUGGCUGCUGCGCGUUGAGCUGGACCGCAAGCACAUGACCGACCGCAAGCUCACCAUGGAGCAGAUCGCAGAGAAGAUCAACGCAGGUUUUGGAGACGAUCUGAACUGCAUCUUCAACGACGACAACGCAGAGAAACUGGUGCUGAGAAUCCGCAUCAUGAACAGCGACGAGAACAAGUUUCAGGAGGACGAGGAAGUCGUGGACAAGAUGGACGACGACGUGUUCCUGCGCUGCAUCGAGUCCAACAUGCUGACAGACAUGACCCUGCAGGGCAUCGAGCAGAUCAGCAAGGUGUACAUGCACUUGCCCCAGACUGACAACAAGAAGAAGAUUAUCAUCACGGAGGAAGGGGAGUUCAAGGCCCUGCAGGAGUGGAUUCUGGAGACGGAUGGCGUGGGAUUGAUGAGGGUGCUGAGCGAGAAGGACGUGGACCCUGUGAGGACCACCUCCAACGACAUCGUGGAGAUCUUCACUGUGCUGGGGAUCGAGGCUGUGCGGAAGGCCCUGGAGCGCGAGCUCUACCACGUCAUCUCCUUCGACGGCUCCUACGUCAAUUACCGCCACUUGGCGCUGCUGUGCGACACCAUGACCUGCCGUGGCCACUUGAUGGCGAUCACGCGCCACGGCGUGAACCGACAGGACACGGGGCCUCUCAUGAAGUGCUCCUUCGAGGAAACGGUUGAUGUCCUGAUGGAAGCGGCUGCUCAUGGGGAGAGUGACUCGAUGAAGGGGGUGUCUGAGAACAUCAUGCUGGGGCAGCUGGCUCCAGCCGGGACGGGCUGCUUCGAUCUGCUGCUGGACGCGGAGAAGUGCAAAUAUGGCAUGGAGAUCCCUACCAACAUCCCUGGCAUCAGUGUGGCAGGACCCUCGGGUAUGUUCUUUGGCUCUGCUCCCAGUCCGAUGGGGGGAAUGUCCCCAGCGAUGACACCCUGGAACCAGGGAGCCACACCAGCGUAUGGAGCCUGGUCUCCCAGCAUCGGCAGUGGAAUGACCCCGGGAGGGGCUGGAUUCUCCCCCAGCGCUGCGUCAGACGCCAGCGGCUUCAGUCCUGGCUACUCCCCAGCCUGGUCCCCCACACCUGGCUCCCCGGGGUCCCCAGGUCCUGCCAGCCCCUACAUCCCCUCCCCAGGUGGCGCUAUGUCUCCCAGCUACUCCCCCACCUCCCCGGCCUACGAGCCCCGCUCUCCAGGGGGCUACACCCCCCAGAGCCCUGGCUACUCUCCCACCUCCCCUUCCUACUCUCCCACCUCACCUUCUUACUCCCCGACCAGCCCCAACUACAGCCCCACCUCUCCUUCCUACUCCCCUACCUCCCCCUCCUACUCCCCUACCUCCCCCUCCUACUCUCCCACAUCUCCCAGCUACUCUCCCACCUCCCCUUCCUACUCUCCCACCUCCCCUUCCUACUCCCCGACCUCGCCCUCUUACUCUCCCACCUCGCCCUCUUACUCUCCCACCAGCCCCUCUUACUCCCCUACAUCUCCCUCUUACUCGCCCACCUCUCCUUCCUACUCCCCUACCAGCCCCUCUUACAGCCCCACUUCCCCUUCGUACUCCCCAACCUCUCCUAGCUACAGCCCCACCUCCCCCUGGAUAAGGGGGUGGGUGGGCCCCAGCUCUCCCAGUUACUCCCCAACCAGCCCCAAGUACACCCCCACCAGCCCUUCCUACAGCCCCAGCUCCCCAGAAUACACCCCCACCUCCCCCAAAUACUCUCCCACCUCCCCAAAAUACUCCCCCCCUUCUCCCAAGUACUCCCCAACCUCUCCUACUUACUCCCCAACGACGCCCAAAUACAGCCCCACAAGCCCGACCUACUCUCCCGCUUCCCCGGGCUACACCCCUACCUCCCCAAAAUACUCCCCCACGUCUCCUACCUACUCCCCAACCUCUCCCAAAUACUCCCCAACGUCUCCCACUUACUCCCCGACCAGUCCCAAGGGCUCCACCUACUCCCCCACCUCCCCAGGCUACUCCCCCACCUCUCCCACCUACAGCCUCACCAGCCCGGCCAUCAGCCCGGACGACAGCGAUGAAGAAAACUAGAUCUGGGAUUUGGAAAGCGCCUCCUGUGGCCGGAGGCUGACACUGCGUCUUUCUCAAUCGCUCACAAUUCUCACCAGCCGUCCAUUUUAACUUCCAGAGCGACCUAGUGAACCAUUUUUUGUGAUCGACAGAAAAAAAAGCAAUCCCUGGUUUUAUUUUAAAGGGGGGGGGGGGGGGGGGGAUUAAUUGCUGAUAACUCGUUUUUUUUUUUUUUUUUUUUUUUUUCUUCUGUUGGCUUACGAAGUGUAGCCACAUCUUGAAUUUAUUUCUUAAGGCAAAGCCAGGUAACUUUUUUUUUUUUUUCAAAAGGAGUUAAUUUUCAAAAAUUCCUUAACUGGAAUUAUAUCGCUAUGGAAAUUACCCAGACCUCCAGAGUUCUGGAACGUGUCAGUUUCCCCACACUCACCAACGGUCUGAACCCACGUGGAGAUUCUGAAAUGCUCCUUUCGACUAGAAUUAGGCAAAGUUCAAGAGGGAAACGUCUUGUCAGACCAUCAGAACUCCCCAAUCCUCGGUUCGUGUUGCUGUGUGUCCUGCCACAGGAAGUUCAGACGAUCCUGGAGAGCCACAAGACCUGGAGAUAACGUUAGUGUUGCCCAAUUCAAAUAAUUAGUUUUUAUAUUUAAUUGAGAACUCUGGUGGAACGAAAACCAGAAAUCGCUGUGGCUCUCCUCCCAGGACCUGGGUCGGCCACCAGCUUAUAUAUAAAGUUGAAGUCGUCUUAAACGACAGAAUCAAAUCUAAUCUCUGCCUUUUUGCUGGCAGGUAAAAUAAGUACCUUUAGUUUUCUGUAAUUUUAAAGAAGUCUGUUUUUAGACUUGGAUCUAAUUGCAUUGCGAGGGUUUGUUUUAAAAGGGGGUUACACUGUAAUGGGGGUGUAGAAGGUUGAAUUAUAUAUAGAAAGAAAUUUGGUUAAACCAUUAAACUUCUGAUUCCACAACAGCCCUCAAUAAACACAGAGAUCAUUUAAAGCUUUUAAGAUCGCUUUCUUUCUAAUAUUUGGUGCGAGGCCGGACUGUAUGCUACUCAAACACACAAAUCCAACUGGUUUUAAUGUUUUGAGCACUCUGUGCUAGCACAACUUUGCUGUGAAACUUUUUUUUGAUUU